AUGGCUGAUUUCUCGUCAAUUCCCAUCAUCGACUUUGGUCGGCUCCAAGAUCCGUCCACUAAAGAAGAAACCUUGGUCCAGCUGCGGGAAGCCAUCUUCCUCGUGGGAUUCCUGUACCUGACCAACCAUGGCAUGGAGGAAAUCAUCAAAAAAGCCCAUGCUACCCUUCCCGACCUCUUCGCGUUGCCCACCGAAGUCAAAGAAAAAUGCAACAUGAUCAACUCCCCCUCGUUCGUGGGAUAUACCCGGCUGGGCGCGGAGACGACGGCCAAGCAGACCGACUGGCGCGAGCAGUUCGACUUUGGGACUCCCGGGAUGAAGCAGUGGACGCCCGAGGACCCGAUUUGGCAGAGGCUGGAAGGAAACAGCCAGUACCCGGAUUACCCCGGUGUCCGCGAACUGGUCGAGGAGUACAUCGCCGAGUCGGCCCAGUUAUCCAAGAAGUUCAUGCGCCAUGUGGCCGAAUGUCUGUCGCUCCCGCCGACCACCUUUGAGGCGUUCAGGGGCAACAUGGACCGGCUCAAGUUCAUCAAGUACCCGCAGUCGCCGCCGGGGUCGCAGGGGGUCGGUCCGCACAAGGACUCGAGCGGGCUGUUUACCUUUCUCUCGCAGGAUGAUACGGGGGGAUUGCAGGUUCUGAACAAGAAAGGCGAAUGGAUCGAUGCGCCGCCCAUCGAGGGAAGUCUGGUGGUGAAUAUCCAGCAGGGAUUUGAAGCUAUCACGGGGGGGGUCUGUACCGCCACCACGCAUCGGGUUAUUGUGAGUCUCUGUUUUACGCUUUAUCUUGGCCACCGGUCUGACGUUGAAAAGGCACCCACGUCCAAAACGAGAUACAGCAUCCCCUAUUUCUCCGCGGUGCGGAUGGACCUCACCCUAGCCCAGCUGAAAGAGUCGGCGGCGCAUAUUGUGCAGCGGAUCCCGGCGUCGGACGAUCGCAAGAAGCGGGCAGUGGAUGUGCCGAGCGAGUUCCUGUCGCCGUUGUACUCUUGUUUUGGGGAGGCAUAUAUGCGGAAUCGCAUUCUGAGCCAUCCGGAUGUCGGCCAGAAAUGGUAUCCGGAGUUGUAUGAAAAGUACUCCAAGCAGGUAUUGACAUAG